AUGAAGAAGCAAAAUGUACGCACGCUAUCGUUAAUUGUGUGUACAUUUACUUAUUUACUUGUUGGUGCCGCUGUCUUUGAUGCACUUGAAUCUACCACUGAGAGAAAUCGAUUUGAAGUUUUACAAGCCAUAGAAGGCAUGAUUAUACGCAAAUACAAUAUAUCAGAAGAGGACUUCCGUGUAAUGGAAACUGUUGUUCUGAAGUCAGAGCCACAUAAGGCCGGGCAGCAGUGGAAAUUCACAGGAGCUUUCUACUAUGCUACUACAGUGUUGACUACUAUCGGCUAUGGACAUUCAACACCUUCGACGAUAGGUGGAAAGUUAUUCACGAUGUUUUACGCUAUUGUGGGUAUUCCACUUGGGCUGAUCAUGUUCCAGAGCAUCGGUGAAAGGGUCAACAGACUUAGCAGCGUUAUUAUAAAAUCGAUAAAACGAGCAAUGAACUGCCGUCAGACACAAGCCUCAGAGGUGGAUCUCAUAUGCGUGGUCACAACUCUCUCUUCUUUAACGAUAGCAGGCGGAGCCGCGGCAUUCUCUAAGUUUGAGGGCUGGAGCUACUUCGACAGUGUGUAUUAUUGCUUCAUCACGCUUACUACCAUCGGUUUUGGUGACAUGGUCGCUCUUCAAAAGGACAACGCGCUAAACCGCAAGCCGUCCUACGUGAUGUUUGCGCUGAUUUUCAUCCUUUUCGGCUUAGCCAUUGUGGCGGCGUGCCUCAAUCUCUUAGUGCUGAGAUUUGUCACGAUGAAUACUGAGGAUGAGAAGCGGGAUCAACAGCAAGCUGAACAGGCGCAACAAGUGGCAGUUCGAUUGGAAGGUGACGUAAUAACAGCUGAUGGUGACGUACUCAGGGGCGUGUCUCGCGGCACACGACUUCCCGCUACGCCGCGGAUGAUUACACCUGGAGAUUCGUCAAUGAUGCCGCUAUAUUCGGAGGAGGAAUACGCGCCCAGCGUAUGCAGUUGUACGUGCAAUUGUUUCGGUCAUAACUCAUCGGUACCAUACCGCGAUCCACUAUCACCAUCAAACAUGCGCCAAAUACCGCGUUAUAGAGGCAAUAUACCUCGUUAUAUCGAGAAAUCUGCCUCAAUAUACAACUCACAAACCCUCCGCCUCCACUCCGCUUCCGGGUACCUCUAUAUGAACGCUAAGAACGAAUUUACAAUCGAGCCAGAAGAUUUCCAAGAAUUGGUCGCGAGACGGCGAGAACAAUUGCGUAGGGGAAUGAGAAUGUGCCAAUACAGCCCUCAAAGCUCAUACACAAAUAUGCACGAACGAAGCAACGAUCCAUUGGUCGACGACUAUUACUCGGAGAGAAGUAAUUAUGAGAAGAAAAAACUUAAGAAGAACAUUGAUAGAAAUGUUCGACGUGAAAAUUAUUUCUACGACGAGGCAGUACUGCAUUUCGACGAUGAAUACGCGUUCGAUGGAUCGAUUAUUUUUGCUAAAAGGAGAAAAUCUAUUGAUAAGGACUUGUUAUGCGAUGCACGAUUCCAGUCGGAGAAAGUGUCGAUUGAUAGCUUUGGAUACUUUUUGAAUGACACAGAUUGCUUUGUUAAUGAUACUUUGACAUUGAGUAGGCCCGCUCAUCGGGCUAGUAUCUGA